AACCCAGAAAGCCAACAAUUGAACACGUUCACAACUUUCCUUGUAGCAAAUCCUUUUCGAUACUGGUUAUUGGGCAAAUGUCUUGGAGCCGGAGCUUUUGGCAAGGUGUAUGAGUGUACUUUUCCAAGGGGAAACUAUGGAGGCCCGUGUGCUGUGAAAAUAGUCAAGAUAGAGCCUCAGUAUACUCAAUCGCAAAAGGAGGUGGAGCUCCUCACCAAUGAAAUCAAUAUUUUGAAAGAAAUCAGACACGACCGAGUUGUGGCCUAUUAUGGAAGCGUAGAGAAAGACAAUCAUCUCCAUCUAUUUAUGGAAUUGAUGAGAGGGGGAUCAUUGUCUGAUCGCAUAAAGGAGAAAAAAGUUCUCUCAGAAGAAGAGUCGAGGAAGUACACCAUGCAAAUGUUGGAAGGAGUAUUUUUUCUACAUUCAAAAGAAAUUAUUCAUGGGGACAUCAAAGGAUCAAAAGUCCUUUUAGAUGAAUAUGGAAAUGUUAAACUGGCAGACUUCAGACUAUCAAAAAUAAUUCAGGACAAAACUCGUGUUGAAGGUCACGUCGACAUUCUUUGUGCUUUAAAGAAAGAGAGGACGCCAAGUCUGUUUCUGUAA